AUGAAUAAUACAAAAAAGAUCAAUGUGAAUUUUUCAUCUCUUGUGGGUUUAAAAGCAGAACUCUUAAAAAAACAGCAUGAAGUAAAUAAUGCAAAAUUGAAAUCAGAAAUAAAUCACACUAUACCAAGAUUACAAAAAAAGAAAUCCAAAAAAGUCGAAGAAGUGUCAAAAGACGAAAAUCUUAGAAAAUCAGAGUACAUUGAGGAUAUUAAUACCCAUAAAAAAUCAAAAUUAAUGUUAGAAGCAAAGGCAAGAUUAUAUGAACAAUUAAAAAAAUCCAAAACUACUAAUGAGAAUUUCCUUGUUGAUUUUAAAAAUAAAUCAGAUGAAUCCGAGGAAGAAUCAUUACCAAAAAGUGGAGAAAGUGAUAUAGUAUUAGAAAAUGAAGAUGAUUGGGUUGAAUAUGAAGAUUGUUUUGGUCGUACAAGAAAAUGUUUACGUGAAGAUUUACCUUUGAUGCAAGAAAAAGAUCAAUUGAUAAAACAACAAAUUAUAAACAAGAAAGGAAUUGAUCCAAAAACCAAAGGUAUUGUUGAACAAAGCUAUGAUGAAGAAGAAAAAGAGCCAGAAAUAGAAAUUAUGAGAAGAAAAUGGGAGGAACAAACACAAAAACUAGCAGAUAAAGUGAAUAUACAUUAUCAAGAUGUUUUAUUCGAUGAGGCUAGAACACAUGGUGUUGGUUACUAUGCUUUUUCACAAGAUGAAGAAGAAAGAAUGAAACAACAAGAAAAUUUGUUUAACAUAAGAAAGGAAACAGAGAGAAAACAGAGAGAAAUAAAAGAAUUAAAAGAAUUGAGAGAAAAAAUGGAAUAUAAUAGAUUGAAAGCAGCUAGAAUUAGACAACGUAUUAGGGCAGGAUUGCCAAUAGAUCCAGUAGAGGAAGAAUUCCAAGGAAAGGAUAACAAGGAAUCUAAUCAAAAUACAUCAGAAAAUGUACAUAUUAUAGAAAAGAAUUUGACUGAAAUUAAAGAAAAAGAGAAUAAUACAAAUCAAAAUACAGAAGAAGAAAAAAUAUUAGAGAAAGAAAAUAAAAUAAAAGCUUUAGGAGAACUUCUAGGUAAAAGAACCCAAUGGUAUGAAAUGUCUCAAGAAGAGUGGAUUCAUAAAUGUAGAAAGAUUAGAGUUACUGAAUUUGGACCAGUAUAUGAAAACUUCAAAAGUGCCGGUUAUUUAAAUUUUAAAAAUGCUGAUGAAACAUCAACAAAUAUUGAUAAUGAUGAAAAAUUUCAUUCUUAUAAAAUAAAUAUUCAAAACAAUACAGGGAAUAGUAGUGAAACAAAUAUAGAUUCUUAUAAUAUACCACUUCCACCUAGCUUAAUAAAUAACUUCAAUACUGAACAUACUUUAACUGAAAGAAUAAAUCAAACUAGUCUUAUGCAAUCAGAUCAUUGGCAUAAUGAAUCCACUAAUACAAUACAAAAUCAGAUGAAGCCAAACAGAAGUAUAGAUGAAGCAAGUAUAGCAGCUGGUCUCAAAUAUUUAAGAGAAAAAUUUGAAAAAAGUCAAACCACCUAA